UACCAACGACUACAAUGAAGACGCUAAAAAUCAGUUCUAUGAUAGGCUGCAGUCAAUCGUCGAGAAGUGCCCAACAAAGGGCCUGACCAUUCUGAUGGGAGAUUUCAAUGCCAAAGUUGGAAUGGACAACACUGGAUAUGAAGACAUCAUGGGACAACACGGACUGGGAGACAGAAACGAAAAUGGUGAGAGAUUCGCAAACCUAUGUGCCUUCAAUAAACUGGUCAUAGGCGGUACCGUAUUCCCACAUAAACGCAUGCACAAAACCACAUGGAAUUCACUGGAUCACACCAUGCAAAACCAAAUCGACCAUAUUUGCAUCAACAAAACGUUCGGGAGGACGUGAAAACCAAGAGAGGAGCUGAUAUAGCCUCAGAUCAUCACUUGCUGGUCGCCAAGAUGAAAUUGAAACUCAAGAAGCACUGGACGAUGGGGCGGACAAUAUCACAAAAGUUCAAUACGGCCUUUCUUCAGGAUACUGACAAACUCAACAAAUUCAAGAUAGUUCUCAGCAACAAGUUCCAGGCCUUUCAUGAUCUACUCAAUGGAGAAGGAACUACUGUGGAGAGCAACUGGAAGGGGAUCAAAGAAGCAAUCACUUCAACAUGUCAUGAGGUUCUGGGCCACAAGAAGCACCAUCACAAGGAAUGGAUCACUGUUGAUACACUGGAUAAGAUUCAAGAAAGGAGGAACAAGAAAGCAGCAAUCAAUACCAGCCGAACAAGAGCAGAGAAAACCAAGGCACAAACUGAAUACGCAGAAGUAAACAAACAAGUGAAGAGGAGUAUCAGAACCGACAAACGUAAAUAUGUGGGAGAUUUAGCAACGACGGCGGAAAAGGCUGCAAGAGAAGGAAACACGAGACAAUUGUAUGACAUGACAAAGAAACUCCCUGGAAAUUAUCGUAAACCGGAGCGACCAGUGAAAAGCAAGGAAGGCAAAGUAAUCACCAACAUUGAAGAAUAACGAAACAGGUGGGUAGAACACUUCAAAGAACUCCUGAAUCGACCAGCCCCACUGAACCCACCCAACAUCGAAGCAGCACCCACGGACCUCACAAUCAAUGUUGGCCCACCAACAAUUGAAGAAAUCAGCAUGGCCAUCAGACAAAUCAAGAGUGGCAAAGCAGCAGGACCAAACAACAUUCCAGCAGAGGCACUGAAAGCAGACGUAGCAGCAAGUGCAAGGAUAUUCCACAUUCUUUUCAAUAAGAUUUGGGAUGAGGAACAAGUACCGAAAGACUGAAAAGAAGGACUUCUGAUCAAAAUACCAAAGAAAGGCGAUCUCAGCGAGUGUGAUAACUACAGGAGCAUCACUCUUCUCUCAAUACCGG